UAUGAGAAAUAAUGAACCAAUUCUUGAUCCGUACAAAUCAGAUGAACAAAUCGUGGAAUACGAUGAUGGAACAUUAAUAUCGGAUGAAUGGAAAAUUGAGUGAGCUUACUGUGGAUAAUUUAUCAAAUUAUAUUGUAAAGAAUUCAAAUGUAAAUAUUUGGAACAGAAAAGUAAAUAUUGAAUUGAAUUUUGCCACGAUAAUUUCCAGUGGAUUUUAUAAUGUAGACGCUCGAUAUAAAAAUAUUCCUUAUAUUGGAAAUGGAUAUUAUAACGUAACUGUCCGAGAUUUUUCGGUUUCAGCCGAAGAGUAUAUUAAAAUAAUUGGAGGUUUUCAAAUUACAUCCCUUGUUUCGAAAAUAUCAAUUGGAGAUUUUGAAUUUGUAGCGUCAAGCGACAGCUUUGACGAUGAAGAGGAAUCGAACGAUUGGAACGCUAAUAUAUCUCAACUGGUUCCAACUGUAAUUGCUGAUCAUCAUGACCCAAUAGUAGCAUUUGUUACUCCAAAAAUAAUAGCCGCUAUCAACCAACAGCUUCAGAACAAUUUACUUAAAAACAAUAAUGAUAAUGCAGAUAUUAGUAUUUCUAAUAUUUCUGGUUAUAAUAACUCUGCUUUCAUACUUUGUAUUAAUUAUUAUGUAAAUACGCAUACUAAAAAACAUUGCAAAGGUAAUGUCGAGUAAAGAUUUUUUAUUGAAAUUCACUCUGGAAGAG